AUGGACUACGCGGGCGGCGACGCGUACGACGGCGACUUCGGGUGCCACGAGCUGUUGAGCCCGUCGGUGCUGCCGGAGGGCAACCCCUACGAGUUCGGCGUGCCCCACGGCAAAGGGCGGCGCACCUUCGCCGACGGGUCCAUCUACGUGGGCGAGUUCGCCGAGGGCCGCGUGACCGGCAGGGGCCGCUACGAGUCGUCCGUCGGCGAGACCCUGGAGGGCACCUUCAUCGACGGCAUCCUGCACGGCAAGGAGGGCUACCUCCAGACCGUCAUCGGCGAGGAGUACCGCGGCGGCUUCGACCACGGCGCGUUCCACGGGUUAGGCAAGUACCGGAACCACAAACGCGACGAGUCCUACGAGGGCUGCUACAGGAGCGGCCAGAAGAGCGGCCGCGGCUUCGAGGUCUUCGCCGACGGCACGGAGUACGAGGGCUACUUCUUCCUCAACCACCGCUGCGGCCACGGC